UGACUGUUCCCGACAAGUGAACAGGCAAGAUGUCUGAUCAGAGCCCACCCGUUCAAAGUGAGUUACCGGACACCAGUGUUCAAGAUGAUACAGAUGUACCUGGUCGUCCUCAACGAGAGAGACGCCCCACCUACAAGGCGCUUAUCACUUCCAUCCAAGCAGCCGAGAAAGAACUGAACCAGCUGUGGAAGAUGACCCAGCAGGCCCUCAGACAGACGUCAGAGCCAACUACUGCUGAUAACGCCCUUGCCAUAGUCAAAGAGGCAAAAAAUACCCUAGAGGCCUACCACGAGUGUUGGAACAAGCUGGAGAAACUGUACGAUCAAGACGAAUCACUCAAGGAAGAUGCGCUUCAAGCCAGAACGACGUUUCUCGAGAACAGCAACAAUGCCAACAGUUCCAUUGCCCAAGCCACGGAAUGGGCAUACUCCCUUGCACUUGAGACGAAAUCCAACUUUUCGGGCCGAUCGAGAUGCACUGAACACAGCCUGCUGUCGAAAUCCUCCAAGGCGUCGUCUUCAUCCUCCUGCAGUGCCAAGGCCCAAGCCUUGGCCGCUGCUGCUGCUGCAGCUGAAAAUGCAACAUAUGAAGAACUGAUCGCCAGGCGUUCAUCAGAAUUGGUCGCCCAGCAAGCCGCCAGAGAACUUGAACAGGUUCGACGAGACGCAGAGGCUCGAGUAGAGCACGCAAGGCGAGAAUUGGAACAUCAGACACUUCAAGCAGCAGCUGAAGCAGAUAUACAGAUCCUGAAAGCCAAGCAAGCUGCGGCCAUCGAGCGAGCUCGCUCCGAAGCCAUCACCCAGGCGGACCAAGAAGAAAACGCACUGCUAACUUCGCCCAAUCAGACCUCUAAUGACCACGCUUCAUUGUUUCGUUCAUCCAAUGAAGCCAAGACACCCCCCACAGAGACAUGUCAACUCCGCCCCUCAGCCCCAGAAUUCAAACCAGCAACAGAACAGUCCCCCUCACCUCAGAAUUCCCCUCUCCUCUCAACAGGACCCACACAGUCAACGGAGCCAUUAGGCAAGCAGAGCGCCGACAUCACCCUAGUCAGUCUAACAAAGGACAUAACCGACACGCUUGCACGCCAGAGACAACCAGCACAUGAGCCUGACAUCUAUGGGGGAGACCCUAUAAUGUUCCAGCCGUGGCUGUCCUCCUUCAAGACGAUGAUUAGCCAGGCCCAAACCCCAUCUACACAGAAACUUGCUUUCCUGGCAAAAUAUACGAAGGGAGAAGUCAGACAACUAGUCGACCGUUUCCGUCAUCGCUAUGUGGCCAACCCUGAAACUGCCUACAAGGAGGCGCUAAAGGAACUGGAGGAGAGGUUUGGUGAUAAAACCAAAAUCACAACCCAAAUCAUAAAGAAACUCCAUGAUUUCCCCAAGAUCAAAACAGACGAGCAUCGCAAACUUCUGGAACUGGCAGACUUGUGCGCCAAUACGGCCGCACAGAUGGAUGAUCUAACCGGUCUACAGAUCCUGAAUUACUCCUUCAACACGCACCCAAUCCUGGAAAAACUACCCACCUACAUACACAAUGCGUGGAGAAAAAGAGCAUCGGAAUACAAGACGUCUGUCGGGACCUACCCACCAUUCUCCAUGCUAGCGAAGUUCAUCAAAGAAAAGGCCAGAAUCCAAAACGACCCCGAGCUGUACCCUUCCCCCCAUCUGAACCACAAACCAGAAAGAGCACCUGCCCGCCGGAGUCCCAGCUCAUCCCUUCGAGUAAUGGCCACCUCCACACCAGCAAAGUCUUUGUCUACUUCCCAGACGGUGAGCAGAUGUCUUUAUCAUGACAAGCAGGGCCACCACAUUUCUGAGUGCAUCGCAUUUCGCCGAGAACCCAUGAAAGAAAGGAGAGAGUUCUGUAAAACCAAGGGCCUCUGCUACAAGUGUGGUGACAACCACAGGGUUAAGGACUGCAACACCAAAGUGCAGUGCAAGAAAUGCCAAAGUCCGAACCACGCCACUUUCAUGCACACAAUCCCGAAGGAGAAUGCCGGGGAGCCGUCUGUUGACCCACCAGCUGACAAACCGAAGAUUGAGGAAACAAAUACGAAGUGCACCAAGUUCCUGUCUUGCUCCUCUGCACGAUCGUGUUCCAAAAUCGUUCUGUGCAAACUGUACCACAAGGAUCGUCCCUCAAGAUCCAUCCUCGGGUACGUGGUACUGGAUGAUCAAUCCAACGCGUGCCUAGCAGACCCAGAAGUCUUCGAAGCAUUGGAACUCCGAGGUCCAUCUUUCCCCUAUGAGCUCUCCACCUGCGGCGGAAGUAAAAUAAUGACCGAAGGACGCCGAGCUAGCGGCAUUGUUGUCGAGUCCCCCGAAGGAAAGACCGAGCGGCUUCCAACAGUCAUCGAGAAUGCACACAUCCCUGGAGACAAAAAAGAAAUCCCCUGCCCAGAAGUCUGCGCAAAAUUCCCACAUCUGAAGUCCAUAGCGACCAAGGUACCAGAGAUACGAGAUGAUGUAAACAUCAUCCUUCUCAUCGGCAGAAGCUGUCCUGAGCCCCUCAAGAUAAGAGAAUCUCGGAAUGGGCCGAAAGGUACACCGUGGCCUCAGUGCACUGAUCUUGGCUGGACAGUUUCCGGACAAAUCUGCAUGGCCGGUGAAAAUGGACGACUUCAUGCCACUGUCAACCGCACGGUCAUUCGGCCUGACACCUGUGAGAAUCACAUCAAUGUGAAAGAUGUCCUGUCACCCCCCAAUUUUGCCACACCAACAACCGACCUAUACGAAGAAACCUGUGACGACAACCUGAGAGCAAUGUCCAUUGAAGACCAGCGCUUCAUCAAAAUACUGUCCGAAGGCGCACACAUUAAUGCAAGUGGAAAUCUGGAAUUUCCCCUGCCUCUCAAAGAGACAUCCACCAAGCUCCCCAACAACUAUCCACAAGCCCUGAGACGACUCAACAACGUUGUGAGGACCCUCAAACACAAACCAGAGAUGAAAGCAGAGUAUGUCGCGUACUUCGAUAAGCUGUUGACAAGGGGUCACGCGUCUCCGGUACCCGAGAAGGAGCUCACCUGUCAGCCCGACAAGGUGUGGUAUCUUCCACACUUCCCUGUCCGUCACCCCAAGAAACCAGACAUCCGAGUCGUAUUUGAUGCCAGUGCAGAAUAUCACAACGUCUCCCUAAACAAGGCGCUGCUACAGGGCCCUGACCAGAUGAAUGGCCUACUUGGGAUUCUGCUGAGGUUCAGGGUAGGAGAAGUUGCAAUCAUGGGCGACAUCGAACAGAUGUUUCACAACUUCCACGUGAACAAGGAGCACAGAGAUUUCCUACGCUUUCUGUGGUUUGAGAGCAACGACCCAUCCAAACAGAUAGCGCAGUAUCGAAUGAAUGUGCAUCUGUUUGGAAAUGUAUCAUCGCCGGCAGUGGCCACCUUUGGCCUGAGGAUGAUCGCAAACGAAUGCCAACAGUCCCACGGACAGGACGUGCUGGACUUUGUCCGGCGCGACUUCUACGUCGAUGACGGGCUUACGUCAUGUCCUGACACCCAAUCAGCUGUCAGUCUCAUCAGGCGUACCAGUGAUGCAUUGGCCACAAGAAAGGUACGUUUUCACAAAAUUGCUUCAAAUGACAAAGAUGUGAUGAAGUCCCUCCCACAAGACGCACAAGCCAAGGAUUUGAGAGCCCUGGAUCUCGCCCGUGACGCACUACCCACACAGCGGUCUCUGGGAGUCUACUGGUCACUCGAGCGUGACACCUUCACUUUCCAGAUCAACUUGGACGACAAACCCUUCACACGGCGGGGAGUACUGUCAGUAACCAGUUCAAUAUAUGAUCCGAUGGGCCUUGCCACUCCCGUGACGAUCGAAGGGAAAUGCAUUCUCCGUCAACUCAUAACCGAUGCAAAGGGAGAACCGAGCAAACCCCAAGAUGUCUGGGAUCGGCCACUUCCAGAAAAGCAUCUCCCCAGAUGGACCCGCUGGCACGACUCACUCCAUCACCUCGAGAAGAUCCAUCUCCCUCGGUGUUUCCAACCGCAACAAUUCGGCAAUGCCAAGCGGAGGGAGAUUCACAUUUUUUCAGACGCCAGUGAGCACGCUAUAGGAGCUGUAGCAUACCUGAAGCUCAUUAACGACUGCGACCGACCGCACGUCUCCUUCUUACUGGCCAAAGCGCGUGUAACGCCUCAGCAUGCUGUGUCAAUUCCUCGUCUGGAGUUGUGUGGAGCGGUGCUGGCAACGGAGCUGGCAAAGAUCAUUCAGUCCGAGUUCAAAGAUCGAAUGUCUAUCGACAGCACUUCAUUUUACACAGACAGCAAAAUCGUCCUCAGCUACAUUUCGAACGAGUCUAAGCGCUUCCACGUGUAUGUCGCCAACCGAGUGCACAAGAUCCACACCAUGUCUACCCCAAACCAGUGGCAUCAUGUCCCCACCGAUGAAAACCCAGCCGACCUAGCUUCUCGAUCAGUCCCAGCCAGCCAGCUGAAUGCUACAAUGUGGUUCAGAGGACCAAAUUUCCUCUGGAAUCAAGAAGACACCUCCAGAAUCGUGGAGAUCCAUGCAAGAGACGAAUUCCUCGUAAACCAAGAAGACCCUGAAGUGCGCAAAGAAUCUCGCGUCAUUCACACGAGUGUCGAGGACGAGGCACAUGGCUCAGCCAACACGAAGAAUGGACAGCAGUUGGGCUGCAGUCGCUUCUCCCGAUUCUCUUCAUGGACGACCCUUCUGCGAGCAGUAUCAACUUUGAUUAGCCACGUGAAAGGGUUCAAAUCGCAAAACGAUGAGACCGACAAAAACCCACCUCGCCAAGUGACAUCAGGAGUGCUACAGCAGGCAGAGAACGUGAUCCUCCGUGCCGUCCAGAACGAGUACUUCCAUGACGAAACGGCUGCUCUCAAGUCAGGCGGAACAAACGCCCUGAAGAAGGAUAGUCCCCUCCGUAAACUAAGCCCAUUCAUCGACGAAGACGGGAUCAUUCGAGUCGGAGGAAGGCUUCGAAGAGCGGAUCUCGACCUUGGAGGACGCCAUCCUGUACUCCUACCCAAGAGCAGCCACAUCUCCAUCUUAGUAAUACGACAUUUCUACCAUGAAGUACAACACCAGGGUCGACAUUUAACCCUCGCUUCAGUACGAGCUGGAGGAAAAUGGAUCAUCGGAGCCCACGACCUAGUCCGAAGCGUGAUCAAUCGCUGCACUGUAUGUCGCAAACUGCGAGGCAAACCACUUACCCAGGUGAUGGCGGACUUACCCGAAGACCGACUGCAAGCAACCCCUCCAUUCACCAACGUUGGAAUGGAUGUAUUUGGCCCAUGGAGCGUCAUCACAAGAAAGACGCGAGGCGGCUCGGCUGAGGCCAAGAGAUGGGCAGUGCUGUUCACCUGCCUUUGCACCAGAGCUGUACAUGUGGAAGUUAUCGAGGCCAUGGACACCUCGGCCCUGAUCUCUGCGCUAAGAAGGUUUUGCUCCCUCCGGGGCCCCAUUGCUCGACUAAGAUGUGACAGAGGGACCAAUUUCAUUGGCGCCGAGGGAACACUCAAUCAAGAACAGGUUGCCAGGUACCUGACAUCGAAAAACUGUGAAUGGAUCUUCAAUCCCCCUAAAGCUUCCCACUUCGGAGGUAUCUGGGAAAGACAGAUUGGGAUCAUUCGCCGAGUCUUAGAUUCAAUGUUCAUUCAACUUGGGAAACACCAACUUACCCACGAUGUCCUCAUCACCUUUAUGGCAGAGGCAUGCGCCAUUGUCAACUCUAGACCCAUCACGACCAUUUCUUCAGACGCAAACGACCCGCUUCCUCUGACUCCGGCCAUGCUUCUUACCCUGAAGUCUCACCCCGUCGACGCUCCCCCUGGCAACUUUGUGAAGGAGGACCUGUAUGGCCGACAACAUUGGCGACGUGUACAGUACCUCGCUAAUCAAUUCUGGACACGAUGGCGAAAGGAGUACCUACAGAGCCUCCAACCCCGUCAGAAAUGGACUCAGACCACGCCUGACCUCUCAGAAGGGGACGUCGUGAUUCUCCGGCAAAAGGAACUUCCACGCAACAGAUGGCCACUAGCGCGUGUCACGAAGACCUACCCCAGUGAUGACUCCAGAGUCCGCAAAGUCGAUAUCGUGAUCUGCGUCGACGGGACACGCCGAACCUACCUGCGACCAAUCUCGGAACUUGUGCUCCUUGAGAGGGCGUCCGACUCAAAAUAGCACCCCGAUACUGACUGACAGAUGUACCAAGCACAAACAAUGAUCCUCUUAGUUAUUCUGUAAAAAUUCUCCUCAGAUUAUUUUUAGAC